AUGCCCAUCUACGACAUAACCCACUACCUCCCCAUCGAGACCCUCCCACCCCCCGAAACCGACAAAACGUACUACACCAAACCCAUCCUCGUACUCAUCGUCUCCCUCCGAAUAAACACCUGGAACAAAUACCUCUCUGUCAUCCGCAAACUCCAGCGCGAGGCCCGCCUCCUCUGCGUCACAAACGUCUACGACCUGAAUGAGCUGGUCGACGAGCACGCAGACGAGAUCGCAGGCUUUAUCGUCACAACGAGGGAUAUCAUGCUCGCGGACGACCCGAUCGCAACACCACAAUCAAACUCAAAUGAAAUUGAAAUCGAAGAAGGAAUGAUAGAAGGCCUACCGACCCGCCUCGCCACCCUCCUCAAACACCCACCCGCGGCGCACAACAGCUACUCCCUCGUCUUCGCCUUCGAGUUUCCCCGCGCAGCAGCCAAAUACCCCACUUCCUUUACAGCCUUUAUGCAGGCUCACUUCGGGUUGAACUGGAGCAUCGCAGGGACAUCGCGAACAAGAGUAGCGAUGGAGCUACAGCAACACAUUCUGGGGAAGUUAGCGGCGAGGACGUACCGCCGGCGGUUCCAUAUCCGAGGUGUGUUUCUGCGGGGUGUCCCGAGGCAGGAAAAAGUGUUGGUAAGCUGCGAGAAUGGGGAGAUUGAGUUUGGGGAGGGGGAGAGGAUGAAUCGGUGGACACUUUGGCAUCGGAGGCCGUGGAUUGAGACGCCGGAUACGGUUGUUGGGGAGUGGGAUCAGUCUGAGGGUGAUGAGGAGGAGGGAUAUUUGGGUGAUAGUGAGGAGAUGGAUGAUGAGGACGAUGGAGAGGACGACGAAGACGAAAAGCUUCGUGCAGACUGCCCCGUUGCCAUCCACGAGGUCAAACCCGCGAACGAAUCAGAGGACGGAGGAAGCUACGUUGCCUUUGUCGGCCACCUGGAGGACAGCCGCUCGAUGGCCUCGUUGAUACUGGGGAUCUGUGGUGUUGAGAUGGACGAUUCUGAAUAG